AUGAACAGUCAGUGUUUGUCCAUCAGAAUGUCGGACGAAAUAUGUUUGUAUGAUACUACGUACGACUGUGUGCCAGACAGUCUGUUUGAUAUUUGUUUGGACUACAUUGUGGUGAAUCUUAAUACGAUUACUAAUUUUGAUCGUGAGACACGAUGGCGUCGAUUCAAGGAAGAUGUUAUAUUGCCUUCCGAGAUUUGCGAAAAAUUUAUUCGGGCAUACCAGAAAAAAUAUCGCAUAAAUGAUAAUAUAGCGAACAUGUUCCGAGAUAAAUACCGUACCCGGUUGCACCGCGUUAAAUUGCGAAACUCUCGCAUUACUGACGAAGGACUGCGCUGCCUGAUGGAGCACAAACCCUACGAAGUUGAACUCAACCAAUGUGAAUAUCUGUCGCAGGCAUCCCUGGAAAUCAUCAGUAACAACAGUCAGAAUCUAGUGUCACUGAAAUUUGGACCCCUGACUUAUGUAUUUCCACAAGAUGACGAAGGUAUCUACCGCCAGCGCGGAUACAUUAUCUAUGCUCCCAACCUAAAGAGACUUACCAUCCAGCGCCGAGGCCUGGCAAUUUUUCCUUUGCUGCUGUUAAAGCCACUGCAGCACUUGACUCAUCUUGAUCUAUCCGAGUGUACCUCAGCUGGGUCCAUUUGGGCUUUGAAUGAAAUGACCAACUUGCGAUACUUGGUAUUGCAUGCUGUCCCAUGGACAAAAGACUUAAUUGAUUGGAUAUCUGGUAUGCGUCUCUUGACACACUUGGACAUCUCUCAGUCAAAUGAGAGGCAUGGGAAAUACUUCACUCCAAAUGAGAUUUUGACUCAGUUAGUGGAAAGUCUAACAGAAUUGGAGUCGCUGGAUAUUUCUGGCACUAAUUUGGCUGGCACCGGAGCUGCAGCAGUUUCUACUGUGCAUCAAGGGACUUCAGAUGGCAUGGAGUAUGAGGUGCGUUGUGACAUACCAGGACUUGUAAGCCGAGUCAACCGCCCACUCGAAUUCCUGGGAUUAUAUGGCACUCACCAUGGAGCCUGCAAGCGUCAUGACAUACCCGCUAAAGUGAUCACUGGGGACGCCAAUGAAGAACAGAUUCUUACUGCAGCUCGAGCCUAUAUGGAGCGACCGGCCAUGUUGACCCGUGUCCUCAAUGAUUUAUAUUAUUUGUUCCGUUACGAGAACAAUGCAUACGUUGGCCGAGCUCUGUCUGUUGUCCUUGAUGCUAUGGAUCAACACGUUACGGAGAAACAUAUCCAGAUAUCAGGAAGUGCCACCCUGUUCUACAUCGUAAAAGGAAAAGAAAAGGAUCGUAUCGGCAUGAAGGUGAAGAGACGUAUCAUCACCGCACUUCUCGACGGCAUGGAAGCACACCUUGGUGAUGACACUAUGAUGAGGAAUGGGUGCCUCACUCUGUGCCAAUUCAAAAUCCCAACCGACGUGUUGUUCGAAUAUGAACGUGUGGUACAGAUUCUUUUAAACGGGGUGGCCGACGUCAAUCAGGAAGGCUUUGUCCAGCGCAUCGCUAUUUACUUAUUAAACUCAUUAGCAUGUCAAGUUGACGGUAAACAAAAGACCUUCCUCGGAAACCAAGGAGCAAUUGGGAAAAUGCUCAACUUGAUUUCCGACCGGUUGGAACGUCGGGUCUGUGAUGAUGUGCUGGAAGUGGCCUGGUCCACUAUGUGGAACGUUACUGAUGAGACUCCACAAAACUGCCAACGCUUCUUGGAGAACCGUGGCAUGGAAUACUUCCUUGCCUGUCUCAAGAUAUUCCCCGACAAGGAAGAGCUGCUGCGCAAUAUGAUGGGUUUGCUGGGCAACGUGGCUGAGGUGGCUUUGCUGCGUCCACAGCUCAUGAACAAGCUGUUCCUGUCUGUGUUCUACGAACUCCUCGAUUCCUGCAGCGACGGCAUAGAGGUAAGCUACAACGCUGCCGGUGUGCUUGCUCACAUGGCUUCUGAUGGGCCACGGGCUUGGACCGUGUCGGAGCCUGCCCGAGACAUGGUGCUCCAGCGCGUGGCCGCCGCCGUCGAGCGCUGGGACCUGCGUGCCGAGCGCAAUAUUAACUACCGCUCGUUCGAACCGAUCCUAAGCCUCUUGCACGCUCAUCACACUCCACAAUGCCAACACUGGGCUGUGUGGGCUCUCGCCAAUUUGACAACUGUCUACCCCGACAAGUACUGCACCUUGGUGGAAGCCGAAGGAGGCCUGCGCCUGCUUAAUGAGCUGCUGCAACACCCACGCCCCUACGAGCCGAUCAAGAAGCUGGCAUACAUUGUGAUCGACAACUGCGCCCGCUACGCGGCCCGAGACACCGCCUACAGCCCCCCUCUCUCCUCGUCCCCUGACAACUAA